AAUGCAAUGGCUGAUUGAUAGCACAAGCAAACUACCCCUCAAAACAAAAGUUAUAAUUUAUAAACAACUCAUCGCGCCAAUUUGGCAAUAUACAUUGCCCGUCUGGGGACCGCUUGCAAGUCAAACACAAAUCGAUCGCAUACAGACUAUGCAAAAUAAAAUUCUCAGAUCGAUCGCAGGUGCACCAUGGUACGUGCGCAAUAGCACCAUAAGCAAUGAUCUGGAAGUUGCAAGUGUAGAUGACGUCUACAAUGAGGCAUGUAGCAAAUAUGUGCAGCGCCUUUUGAAUCACAGCAACUGCCUGGCUAAAGACCUAGCAAUCAACCCAUAUGUACCGCAGCGGCUAACUAGGGAGAGGUACAGCCGAAUGCUACAAAGACAUAUGCCCCAUGUGCAGCGACAGCAAGAGCAGCAGCUGCUAGAAGCUCAACAACGAAUGGCAGAAAUUGAGGCACACCGACCUAUACAUGGAAGAUCUGUUGAACGGCCACUAACUGCUCUGCAGCAAAGCAUUUUGGAGCGCCUUAGUAGGCAAAGAAGCUAUCAACAACAGCGCGCCGAACAACGAGAAGCAGAACGCGCACAGCGGAGAAUAGAGAGGCAACAAAGAGAAGAGCAACAUAGACAGGAAAUGCUUCGAGAACAUCAAGAGUCGAUACAAAUAUAUGCUCAAAUAUAUGCGCAAAGAGAGCAGGCACUACAGCGGCUAGAAGAGCGACUACAAGCAAGACGUCUGGCAAGGCAAGCGUACUUCGCUAUGCCACCGGCCCAACAAGAAGCCGUGCCGAUAACGAGUAUUUUUAUAUUUCCAGCGAACUCUGCAGCAGCCAACCGCAGCGCAAUGGGCAUUUCUCCAACGACGAGCACCCACACAAACACAACAACAGCACAGGCAACCAAUACGGCGUCGGCUAUCAGCUUGUCUGUGAGGCACACAAUUGACGGCAUACCAGAUGUGCAAAAUGGCGAAGGAUUUACUGAUCUCGUUAUCAUGGUUACGUUUAGGUGCAUUCAGCGCUCAAAUCAGACAACUCGACCAGAGCAGCUUCCACGUCAAUGGCGUCUGAUCGAACGGCAACUGCAACAAAGAUUGAGAAUCAGAAGAUAUGCUGCAAGAAGCUAUUAUCUGAUGCAUACUACCAGACGACAGCGGCUAGCACGUUUGCAGCAAUUCAGACUCCAAUAUCCAGCACAGUGGCGAUCAAUCUGGCGACGGCUGCUCCUGCGAACUUUGGACUCGAAUUUGUGGUACCUAGAUCAGCGCUGGUCAACAUGGCGACUCCAGUUAAUCAGGCUGCAAAAUAUAUUCCGCUGGUUGACCAACAGACGACAUGGUGGUAGCAGCCGCUACUUAUCUGACCGGUAACAACGGCUGAGAUGCAAGGAUUGCAUGUUUAUAAUCCACUAAUUCAAACAAAGAUCAACUACUCACACUUCGAAGCAGUCGUUAUGAUCAAAUUGGCUAUAUCGUUUAGCGCCUUCUGAAGAGUGCAAAUAUGCACAUCGUCCACCUUCUCCAACAAAUGCAGCACGAAGGAAACCUGAAAAGAAGACCAUGCAGCAUAAAUAUAAGAUUAUUAAAAUUAAAUUCAAAUUUAACUUACCUUUGAAAGACACAAUAGCUAAAAGCUGUGCCUGUUAACAGCGGAAAA